AUCACACUUAUAUGUAACCAUCCACAGAAGAAAAAAGAACACUUUUUCUUUCCCUCUAAAACAAAAGAGAGAAUUUUAGUCUUUGAGCUUAAAGCUGUCUUUUUCGCAAUCCCAAAACACCCAAUGGUGGAAGCUCAAAAAUGGACAAGGAGGAUGAGCAACCCAAGGUUGGACACAGCGGCCACCGCAGACGAUCAUGUUCUGGAUAUUCCGACAACCCCAACUUCUGAGGUUAGAAACGGCAUCUACACCUUUGGAUCCCUUCUCACUCCCAAUCUUUUAACAGCACUCAUCAUCGCCUCAUGGUUCAUGUCCAACACUGGUGUCCUUUUGCUCAACAAGUUCCUCCUCAGCUUUUAUGGUUACCGUUACCCAAUCUUCCUCACCAUGCUUCACAUGCUGUCAUGUGCUUCAUACAGUUACAUAGCCAUAAACUUCCUUGAAAUAGUCCCAAAGCAACACAUUUUAUCAAAGAAACAGUUCUUCAAGAUCUUUGCAUUAUGUGCCAUCUUUUGUUUCUCUGUUGUCUGUGGGAAUACUUCUUUAAGGUAUAUUCCUGUCUCGUUUAACCAAGCUAUCGGUGCAACCACCCCUUUUUUCACCGCCAUAUUUGCUUUCAUAAUCACUUGCAAGAUGGAAUCAGUUAAGGUUUACUUUGCACUUUUGCCUGUGGUUUUUGGGAUUGUUUUAGCUACAAACAGUGAGCCUUUGUUCAACCUGUUUGGAUUCUUGGUUUGCAUUGGUUCAACUGCUGCUCGUGCUUUGAAAUCUGUGGUUCAAGGUAUAUUAUUAACCAAUGAAGCUGAGAAGCUACAUUCCAUGAACUUGUUGUUGUAUAUGGCACCUAUGGCAGCAUUGAUUUUGUUACCAUUUAGUCUUUAUAACGAAGGGAAUGUUGCAAGGAUCACACUUGAGAAAGCUAAGACUGAUUCAUUCAUCAUUUUGUUGUUGAUUGGGAAUGCCACAGUAGCCUAUUUGGUGAAUUUGACCAAUUUUUUAGUUACCAAGCAUACAAGUGCCCUUACUUUGCAGGUUUUAGGCAAUGCCAAAGCUGCAUUAGCAGCUUUUGUGUCGGUCAUGGUGUUUAGGAACCCGGUGACUAUGACAGGGGUAACUGGAUUUGCUGUUACAAUUAUGGGAAUUGUGCUUUACAGUGAGGCAAAGAAGAGAUCUAAGAUCACAACAUAUUGACCAAUAUACAUGGUAAAGAAACAAAGGAUGGGGAUUCAUUUUGGUUGCCACAAACACUGGUGCAACCCUCUUUUCUUCUUUUUAAUCAUUUAUCAUA